UUUCUUGUAGGACAUGAAUGCGGAAGUGAUUGGCUUGAAGUUGUUAUUUGCGGUGUCAAACAUGUCAGGAUUAACAGAAACAGAGCGAGCUGGAUGUAUUAAGAUACUGAUGUUUAUGUCAAAGGGCGAUUUACUGUCACUUAGUGACACAGUCACGAAUAAGCUGAUUGUAGUGGAGGACGAGAAAGAAGCUACACAGACCAUCCUGUCUUUUACCAAAAAUGCCGAGGAGUUUCUGAGGAGGAAAAAGGUUCAUCGCGACAUCAUAUUCAAGUACCUGGUCAAAGAAGGUGUGACGAUGCCCCCUAACAGUGAGAAACAUCAGCUGGUGAAAAGGACGCUGGCGCAUUGGUCACCGGGAAGGGGCGUGGGUGAUGGAACAUGUUCAAGGGAGACGGAUGACACGGAUAUGCUGCCUAAUUCCACAAACACUGAGCCUGAGGAGGGCUUUGACCCACAGGUCCUUGCUCAGCAGUUCUGCCAGUGGUUCUUUCAGCUCCUGAACAGUCAGAACCUCUCGUUGGGCCAGCAGCCUCAGGACUGGGGGCCACAGCACUUCUGGCCAGAUGUGAAACUAUAUCUGCGUGUCAGUGCUGGCAGUGAACAGGUAGAGGAGUUCCUGGGUGCUGAACUGGUUAGUCUUCGUCUCCAGGCCUUGACAAGGGAAGAGCGCCUCCUUCUCAGUCCCAACUUGGAGCCUCACGGCCUCAGAGCGCUGGCUUCCCCACAUGGCUUGGUGAUGGUGGCAGUAGCUGGGACCAUCCACAGAAAUGAUGCCUGUCUGGGUAUUUUUGAACAAAUAUUUGGCCUCAUCCGUUCCCCGCUGGAGAGCAACAGCUGGAAGAUCAAGGUUGUCCGGCUGAAGAUCAGAGGGCAAGAUGCUCUGGGAGGGACAGUAAUAGCAGCACCAGCACUGAAUUACAACUCCACUGAAUUACAGCUUCUCUGCAGCUGAUAAUGCGCUUCUGUUUAGAAUAUGUACUCAGUUAAGUUUGGCCACUCCCACACUACUUAUGAAUCAACCAGCUUGAACAAACUUGUUAAUACAGGCUGUUGUUUUAGAAGAUCUAGAUUGAACUGCUAUACUGCUUGUUUUUCCAGGAUGUCAGAAUUUACAUGUUUGAGCAACACAACAUGUAAAAAAAAAUUGAGAGGAAGAUUACCACAUUCUUUCAAAGAAACUGUACCUUGUUGUAAAGUAAGAUUUUUCUUUUUUUUAUUCAGUGCCUUAUUAUAGAAAAACUUGAAAAAAGACAUGGAUGUGCCUUUGUAAAUAUGUAUUAUAUGAAACAUAAAGAUUAUAUGUACACAGCCUUGUUUUUAUUGGAUGUUUAAAGGACAAAUUUAAAAAAUGUUAUUGUUUUCUGUUCUAACAAGUUGAGGUGUAAAGGUAUCGUUAACAUCAAGGUCUUGUGGUGACAGAAAUGUCUCAAUAUCAUUGUGAAUGUGACAGUUGAAAAGGUUGGUCUUUUUUAGUAGAGUAGAGUGAAUGGAAGUGUGAAUUACAGUUUUCCUCAGCCCGUGUGCACUUCAUCUUCUGCACUCCACUCACUUGCCUGAUCUAACAGUGUGAAAAUGGUGGUUGCUACAAGUGGUGAGGGGGAACCAUAUAGCAAUGUUUUUGAGAUUGUGAAAGCUCCAGUGACUUUUAAAUCUUAUGUGUCGAAGAAUUUUGGUUUCCCAGUCUGUGCUGACAACCUUGAUUGGGAAAACGAGUGACAUAAUAAGCUACUUGGCAGAUCAUCACCCCCCAAAAAAUAAGGAGAAGCUAAAUUUGGCCAGGCCAAAAGACUUUUAAAGAUGCCUUCACAAUUCCAUUUACCCACAACAGUGCACAUACUCAACAGAUCACAAGGUUUUCUGCGAAUAUAUCACCAAAGACCUACAGCAGUUUUCAGUGGUGGACAACAAAGGUUUUAGAGGGUUAGUAAACAUGCUGGAGCAAGAUAUAUUUUUAAGCCUAAUGACAUUUGACUUUUUUGCACAUACUGUAUUCAAAGUUUUGGUUUAGUUUUUUCAGACCAAAUAAAUAACAUAGAUGGAUUUGUUACCAAGGCAUUAUUGUACUGUGAGGUUUUAUACUGUAACAUCCCUACUAACAAGCUAACAGUGAACUGCUAAACAAU